AUGAUGAGUGAAAAGGAAGUGGAAUUGUUGAAAAAGCGCAACUAUAAUAAAAUCAAAGAAUUAAUAAGAAUAUCAUUUGGGCUGGGAGUAAACUUAACAUCGCCAUCACCAUUGAAGGACUCCUUAAAAAUAAUAAAUAUAAUUUUGGUCGUUUCAAGUGUAAUUUCCUUCUAUGGACAUUGGUGUUAUACGAUUGAAAGUAUUAAAGAUAUACCCAAAAUCGCUGAGAGCGUUUGCACAGCAUUUCAAACACUAAUAUCGGUAAUUAAAAUGGUUUACUAUUUGUUUAUACAACGUAGACUUUACUACUUGUUGCUUAAGGCCCAAACUCAUGAAUACAUUCGAAAAAUUGAUAUUUUCCACAAAAAUUUCCCCAUGUCUGAACGAUUACAAAUGAAAAUUAACGAAAUCCUCGAUGCAAGCUGGAAGAACAUCAAUGGCCAAUUGAUAUUCUACAUUUGCUGUUGUGCUGCAAUCAUAAGCAAUUAUUUCUUUAUGUCGCUGUUUUUGAAUAUUUAUCAUGCCUGGAAGGAGACACCAAAUUAUGAACAUGUGUUAC